AUGCCGAACCGCUCGCUGCUCCAAGGAAAACGCGUGCGGCGCAAGCGCUGCGCUUCACUCCUGGUCCUGGCAGCAGCGGUGGCUUGGCCGAAAGGUGUCACCCAGAUGGUUUUCUGCUGCUGGCUACUGUCGAGCCAUGGCGGCGAGAGUGAGGAGCUGGACACGGCAUUUGCAUCCGUGGGCUUCGUGAAGCAAGCCGCGCCGCCAGCAGUUGCCCUCUUGGGCGGUUUAGCCUUGUACGGAAUGGGAGGGCCGGAAACCGUGGCCAUAUUGUUGAUCUACUUCGGGGCGCAGACUGGCAUGAACUUAUACAUUAAGAAUGUGCUGUCCAGAAUCGUGGUUGAUGAGGAACAAGGCAGACGGGGGCUGCCCAUUGGCUUCCUCCUCACAGCUAUCCAGCAGAUGGUAGCCUUCAUCGCAUUUUGCAUCUUUCUCCUCGCAGGUCGGCUUUGCUGUGCCGGUUACCAGGUGAAGCAGCUGAAGACUGGCAAAGAAUGGGUGGCGGUCCUUUGCUUCAGCAUGGCUUUCGCGUUGAACAUCGGUCUGAACAACUUCAGCUUGUCCUUGGUAGCAAUCUCGAUCAACAUGAUCAUCCGAACUUGCCUGCCGCUCUCCACGGCAGUCUCUGAGCUGCUGCUGGGAUCUCUGCUCGGGAUCCAACGGAAGUCCAUCGGCCUGACGAAGUGGCUUCUGAUGUUGGCAGGCGUAUGUUGCGCUGGGGUAGCCAGCUAUGCCAAGACAACUUCGCAGAAGAGCUCUGAAGAAUCUGCCGCGCUCACGCUUGGCAUAAUCGUGACCGUUUGCAGCAUCUUUGCGGGUGCCCUCAACAUGGUGUUGGCAAGCAUCCUGGGUACAAGCAUGAAGAUGAACCCGUUAGAUACGACAUGCUACAUGUCAUUGCCGACCGCGCUCGCUCUGAUUGGGCCGUCUCUCCUGAUAUAUCACCCCGUCAGCCAGUGGCCGGAUACAGGAAGCAUGACAGACUGGCAGGUGCUGCAAGAGGUCAUGUCCACGAAGCCUUCUGUUCUGCUUCCAGUUCUGGUCUCCGGCGUGCUUUCAUUUUUCUACAACAUCUUGCAGUAUACCAUGGUGCACAAGUUAUCUGCAACGCAUGCCACUUUUGCAGGCAAUUUCAACAAGGCUGCAACCAUCGCCCUGUCACUAGCGCUUGGCUUGGAGGGGCUGCCACCCGGAAACUACGGCAUGGUUUUUCUUCUUGCUGUCAUUGGCAACAUCGCUGCCUUCACGGCGUUUAGCAUGGUGAAGGACGCGCCGCCAAAAGCUGAGCAGGCAGCGGCCGCUCGCACCGCAAAAGGCUGA